AUGGAGAACAGAUUUUCCGAGGCGUUGAAGUUACGGUCGGAGGAAGAUCCUCUUAGGCGGUUUUCCGGAAUGGAAUUCCGAACGUGUGUCUCGGAAAACCGAACCUCUUCGCUGCUCUCCUCCUCUGCGUCAAACUCACUAGGGGGCAGUGUGGACAGUCUGAGCAAGUUGUCGGACAUUGAUGAACCAAGAACCGAGUCCAUCGCUUCAGAACGAGAGGAAGAGUACGACGAUGACGACAAUGGGGACGAGAAUAAGCUUAUGGAGGAGAAGAUUUCGAGCUACGAUCAUCAAGCGACUGCCGCUGCUGUGGAGGCUCUGGAUGACGCGAUGGCUGAGGUGUUAUCAACUGCGAAUAAGUUGGCCAUUUCGGAAGACGAAGAGGAAGAUGUGCAACGUCCUGUCGUUACUAUGCGGGAUCCGAAGAGCUCGCAUCGGGCUAAUCCACCCCUUUCUUUUGAGUCGUCCACCCCUGUUAUCCAGGGUUGCCGCCACCAAUUUAUUAUCAAGUCCGCCAGUUUCCUUAACGGCCACCGUCACAAACGCCACUUAACGGACGAGAAUGUGGCGGCUGUUGAUGAAAAUGGCUGGAUUAUCUUGGAAAACCUGGAGGCAGUCCUUGGAAUUAAUGCCGUGUCGAUCAGAGUGCAUCACAAGAGGAAUUUGAGUGCGGAUGCGGAAGGAGGUAUGCUGCAAGAGCAGCGCGGGGUCUGCAAGGUCGAGGCUUACGGAAAAAUCAAGCGGGAAAGCUUGGAAAACGUUUCAACAACGUCGAAUUUCCGAAUCAGACGGAGUUUGUGGGAAGAGCGAGCUGCAGGUGGUGAGCCUGGGACCGAUCAGGUUGUGGAAAAGCCAGUGACUCCAAGAGCAGCUCCGAGGUUGAAUUCUACAAAUAAAGCUCCGGAUUUGGUGAUGGAUCUGCCGAUAUCUUCCUCGCCUCCCUCUUCGUCUUCCUCUCCUGGUCCGAACGAAACUCUCAGUUUGGACAGUCCGGAAACUUCAGCAGCAGACAGAUUUGCCGAAUCGAACCAAAGCACGUUGAAGAAGAACGUUGGUGCCAUCAAGCGCGAGUCCGUGCCGGAGCCCGUUGUUAUUGAAGUGCCGCGCAAGUCGGUGAGCGAUUUGCGAGCGGAGCUCGAGUCUUCCGUCGUGACGUCUUCGUCUGUCAUUCCGAUCGUUUCUCCGGCGCCGGAAAAGCGCCGAGUGCCCAAGUUCCCCAUCACGUUUCCGCUGCCGUCGUCAUCGACGUCGUCGACGGGGCCGUCGCCUAUGCCGUCACCGAAGCCGCAGGUGCUGAGGAAACCGGCUCUUCCGGGACAACGACCCUCGCCGGAAACAUCCCGCAAGACCGUCAACAGAUUCUUUGAUUCGGGACCC